CCGUUGCAGCCGGUCACACUGCUGGGGGUUCGGUUUUUUCGGAGGUCCUUUUCGUCCUGCGAAAAAAACAGCAUAAUCUAGAGGGUGUGACCAAAUUGAACGACACGAAAUUUUCAUACUUUGCCCAGUCUUCGGAAUGUAAAGGUCCUUGCUCGUGUGUUGUGUUGCGUUUUCUCCGAAAUUGCAAAAACAAGAAAUCACAUCUCUCAAUUUAUUCGAACAUUACAAGCCUGAUUGCAUCGCAAGUGCUGGAUACGAAAAAUAGUACUCGAUUUAACGCGAAAAGGCCGAAAGUCUGACAACUGAAGACGAAAAAGUGCAGCAAAAAUGCACGGCAAUUUGGAUUCGGUGUCAAGAGGUUAGAAAACUCAGGCCCGUGAGCACGUAGCAGGAAAACGCCAGCAACGAGGGAAGGAAAUCGCCAGGAGCAACAAAGGACAGGAAGAGCAGGCACACAUUCCGAUUCCAAAGGGGGACAGCCGUUGGACAGCAGGCUAGGAUGGGCGACUAUCACGAGUUCACGGACCAGUACAAGGUGCCGGUGAUAGCGAAGCUUCUCCACGCCCUGCCCCACUACAACAUCACGUUCCACAAGAUCAACAGCACGUUCCGGCCCAACGAUGAGAUCUACCUGGAGAGCCUGGGCAUCUUGGGCUCUGUUCCGGCUGCCCUGCUGAUCGUGUCGCUGCUGGGACUGCUCUUCUAUCUGAUGACCCGCUGCUGCGACCGGAAGCCCCGGCCAGCCCACUCGAUCACCAGCCUGAAGGUGGCCCUGUCCAUUGUGACGGUCAUGUGCUGUGCGGCGAUCGGACUGGGACUGUAUGGCAACGACGAUCUGCACAACGGACUGCUGGAGGUGCUGACGGCGGGCAGGAAAGUGGACAACCUGGUCACCACCAUUCGCAACCAGACGCACAUCCUCGAGAACACGCUGACGAAUCGCAUAAGGCCGCAGCUGGUGGAACUGGCGGACAUCUUCGAUCAGCCGGUGUCGAAUCAAACGGCUCUCUCCAAGCUCUUUGUGUCGCUCAAUAUAGUCCAGGGAAAUGUUACUUUGGCCACCAAUGCGGCCAGCGAUAUCCGACGACCCCUGAUGGGCAUCUCCAUGACGCACUUCCUCACGCGUGGCGACCAAUGGGAACUGAUCCGCUGGCCGGGCACGGUGGCCACACUGGCCCUGCUCCUUGUCCUGUGCGCCGUGCUGCUGGUGGGCGUGGCCCGGCACUCGCGCUGCGCCCUAAUCUUAUUCAGCGUCUGCGGCCUGUUAGCCGUCACCGGUUCCUGGCUGAUGUCCGGUCUGUAUCUCUCGUCCUCGGUGGCCGUCGGUGACCUGUGCAUCUCGCCAGCGGACUUCCUCGUGUCCACGGCACCCCGGGACCUGCCCACAAACGUCCUGCUGCACUACACCCAAUGCGAGCCGGGCCACACGAACCCGUUCACGCAGCGGCUGAGGGAAUCGCAGAACUCGCUAAACAAUGCACGCAGUGCCAUGGCCACGGUGAUGAAGAUAUCACUAGUGCUCUUCAAAUCCUCGGGUCUGCAGCCAAAGCUGGGUGCCGUGAAUGCAGAUCUGAACAGCAGCGAGAGAUUGCUGACCCAGCUGACGGCCCUGGUGGACUGCAAGGCGGUGCAUCACAAUUUCCUGGCCGCCGCCCGUGGCCUGUGCGAGGGAGGACUCCUGGGACUGGUCCUAAUGCUGAUAGCCAGCUUCAUAGCGGCCAUUUUGCUGACCAUCAUGGUGUGGGUAGACUCGCACACGUGGAUCUACAUACGGAAGCGGAACGACUACGCCCAGGUGGAUGAGCCAUCGUACAUCUCGCAUCCGGCACCGCAGAAUCACCAGCAGAUGAUGAACGCCGCCAGGACGCUGCCGCGGAACCAUAAUGGGCACUUCAGCCCGCCAGUGAUCAGCGGCUCCCACACGCUCCAGCAUCCCAGCAAGCGGCAGCAGCACGAGAUGAUGGCCCACGCCCACAUCCAGCAGAACAUGCGCGCCAUGGGCACACACACGCUGGGCCGGCUGCCGUCGCACAACCACAGCCCCACCCACAUGACCGGUCCCAAUAAUGCAGCAGCAGUCGCAGUAGCAGCAAACGCCGCCGCCAACAUGCCGCCGACCACGCAGGCCGCCCAACAACAGCAGCAGGCACAGCAGCAGCAACAGCAGCAACAACAGCAGGCUCAGCAGCAACUGGGAGGACCCCAGCCAAUCUACUGCCAUCAUCCGCACCAGCAUCCGCACCCCCAUCCGCACCAGCACCCACACUCGCAUUCCGCCGCCGCCGUGGCCGCUGCAGUGCAGCACCAGCACGCGAUCUACCACCAGCAGCAGCAGCAGGCGCAGCAAUAUGGCACCUACACCACGUCCGCCCACCAUGCCCCGCACCACUUGGGGCCGAGCCAGAGCCAGAUCUACCAGCAGAUCCCGGCCCAUUUGGCGCCCCAACUGGCGGCCAAUGGGAAUCCGCACUCCAUAUACCAGCCGCUGGUCGCCGUCAGCCAGGGCUCCAUCUAUGUAUCCAACCUGGCCACGAUGCGGCGGCAGAACAGCCAGGGUGGUCCGCAGAUACCGGCGCACCAGCACCCGCCCAGCUUGCAUCCGCAGCAGCAGCAGCCGCCGCCGCCCUCGCAGCAGCAGCAGCAGCUGCAUCAGCUCAAGUCGCCGCAGCAACACCAGCAGCAGUUGCAGCAGCAACAGCAGCAACAGCAGCACCAGCAACACCACCAGCAGCAUCAGCAGCAACAGCAGCAACACCACCAGCAGCAGCAGCUGCAGCAAAACGAAUCGGAUGUCAUACCCAUCAGCACGGCCAUGGACGGCGCCAUUUACGAUCGGGACAAGCAGAUCUACAAGUGCUCCACCUUGCGGCAGGGCGGCAAGUUCGACCCCAAGUACAAGCCAUCGAUACUCAACUGCCCGCUGCCGGAGAUCCCCAAGGACGCCGAGCAGCCCAAGGUGGAGUCCAUCUACGAGCAGCGCCAGCAGGCCCACCACCAAAACUACUCCAAGACCCUGCAGCGGCCGCCGAUGAAGUUGCCGCCGCAGAUGAAGGCGAUUCCGCCGCCACGCAUUGGAACGCCCACCUCGCCGCCACCGCCCGUCGCCCAGCCGCUGGGCGAGGCCAACGGAGGAGUGCCGUCGGGCCUCCAGAACGGAGGAGGCAGUGGAGGAGGCGGAUCAGGAGGCAACGCCAACGAGGACACCUCGCUGCCGCCGCCGCCGCUGGAGGCGCAAGCGGAGGCAACCAAGGGUCGAAUGGGGCCAGGAGCUGGACCAGGAGCGGCAGCCAAUGGCAAGGUCCUGCACAACGGCGGAGGCGGUGGGGGCGUGGCCGGCGGCGGCGGAGGAGCGGUGGACGACGACGAUGACCUGCCGCCGCCACCGCCAGCGAUAACUGACGAGAGCAACUAUGCGGUGACGGAGCUGUAAGAUGGACGGGACCGAAGAGGAUGAAAAAGGGAACGAAAACCAGCAAAAGGCAGGCAAAAAACCAAAAACGAGACAGGAAUUGGUCAGGACUCGAGUUCGGGGCGUCUUCCCACAACUCGGAUGUAGGAUAGAUACUGUUUAUCGGUGGGAACCGACGGAACCGGGGUACUGGGACUAUGGAGUGCUGGAGCGACGAGUGUUCCUUCUUGAUUUGUUGCAUUUAACGUAUCGUAGCGAAAUCGUAUCCUAGACCGGAGUCCUGCUUUUCGACUUUUGUACAUACUGCACACUGGACUCUAUCCGCGUAUCCGGGCAACCAGAAGGAUGCGGAUGCAGCGGAGGUGAGCACACGGAUACUAGACACGCACAGACGACAGACAGACGGACGGACAUGUAACAUAUAUCAGCGAUCUAUUACUUAUAUAUAGAUAUAUAUAUCCAUUUA